AUGGUGCAUCACUCGGACGAAAAUAGGAUCAAACGACGGAAAGUCCGCAAAGGCACGCACAGCUGCUGGGACUGCAAACGAAGGAAAGUGAAAUGUAUUUUCGCUUCUCCGGGUGAUCCUCUCUGUAUCAACUGCCACGACCGAGGAAAGCAGUGCAUCAGUCAAGAAAUCCCCGAGGAUUCAAUCGUCGCAGCCAACAACAAUAGCAGUCUGAUCGAUGGACAGCAUCCGUUACAGGAUAGGUUAGGCGACACAUGUGAUAGUACGGACCCAGAUGUGUGGGAUGUCGGUUGUGCGGCAGCAACGAGCAGUGCUGUCUCAUCGGCACAGAUAUCAGAUCUGCGUCGGAGACCACAAGCCUAUCUCACAGACCGUGGAGAUGGAGACCAACUCGUCCAGUCAAUGAUGUCGCCGCCAAUCCCAAACCUACUGUCUGUUCAAGCUUCCACUUUGACCUCAAACAGACUCGCGAACAUCACUCAAGGUCUACUUGGCGCACUUCCAUCUCGAAGCGAUGUUGAGAUAUUGCUACGAGAAGUAUCUCAGUCGAACUACCGCUUCUCAUGCUUGAGGCAGAAUGAAACACCCCAGACUGAACUACUGUUAUCAGCUCUCUCGGAACCCGACGUCCAUCCUGUCCUCUUGGCAAGGCAAAUGUUGCUGGUGGCUACGGCACUGCAACACAUCCCACGAAAGCAAGUCAUAGUCGACCUCACCGAGCAUCACCAUGUCGCCAUGGAGAAACUUGCCGAGGCGGCAAUCAGCUUGGUCACGACCAAUGAUACCCUGUUAGGUACGCUCGAAGGCCUCGAAAACAUCAUCCUGGAAGCGCUCUUCCAUAUUGAUAGUGGCAACAUUCGGAGGGCGUGGAUAACCAUACGGCGUGCCGUCAUGACCGCACAGCUGCUGGGUUUGCAUCAAGGCGGCCAGCAUCGCUACAAGAUUAUCAACGAUCAGAUCGAUCCUGACCCUGGGGCGAUGUGGGCUUGCAUUGUGCCCAUAGAACGAUUUCUGUCUCUAUUACUAGGUCUACCCUCCAGUAUUCCCCCUCCUUCUACGAGGACAUCUACCAAACAGCAGACCCUCCCUACACUCGUCAUGGACGUGGCCGCCAGCAUUCUUGCACGAAACGAGAUUAGGGAUCCUCAGCUAGCGCUAGAUAUGACACGGCAGAUUGAUCGAGACCUCAUCGAGAUGACUGAACAACUCCCGUCUAGUUUUUGGCGGCCUUCGACUCUGGCCAGUCUCAAAUCGGACUCCCAGGAGGCUUUGUGGGAAACCCGUCGAACUUGGGAUCUGAUGUGCUAUUUCACGUUGUUGAAUCAACUUCAUUUGCCGCACAUGCUUUACUCUUGCGAUGCGUCACAAGUCAUGUAUUCCCGACUCGCCUGCGUCAACGCGAGCCGCGAGGUCUUGACUCGACAGAUUGCGAUGCGCUCCUACAGCUCAGUCUCAUCUUGCUGCCGGAUGGGCGACUUCAUGGCACUCAUUGCAGGCAUGACGUUGAUUCUAGCCCACUUUGCGAGCCACUCGGAUAACGGAACGCACAAUCUACUCGCACAUCAACGAGCAGGCGACAGGGCUACUGUGGAGCGGGCUCUCGAAUGUAUGAAGUCCAUGUCGGAGAUCUUCGAGGAUGUGCUUGCGGCGAAAUGUGUGGCCCUGCUCAAGCAUUUGUUGGCGGUCGAAGCCAGUUGUUAUGCACGGGGAAAAAUUCGUUCUCACCAGCAGCCAUCUGAGAAGGAUGGAGACCAUGACAAAAGCAACGUUUUGGUCAUCCAGAUCCCGUAUGUUGGCGCUGUUCGGAUUGCCCGGGAAGGAAUCACAUCUCUGGCGCCGUCCAAGGGAUCGCACCCUCGAGUGUUUCAUGACGGUGUUACAAUUGGGGGUCUUGGAUCUCUCCACGUGUCUGAGCCUCGUCGACAUUCAGAUCAGCGGGACGGCGGCCAAAGGAGGUCUGACCAGGUCUCACAGCCAGCAUCCGCCGGAUCGACCGUCGACAAGCUAUCUGGCGGACAGCAGAUCCCAGACAACGCUGAACAAGCCACGUCAGAAGAUGUCUUUAUUCAACAGCAGAACGAAAUAUUUCCCGACGCUUCUGCGAGCUUGGAUGACUGGGCCUUUCAAGGGUUCGAUACUGUCUUCUUCGACAUGUUGAUGAGAGGGUCUGGGGACCAACCGCCGUUGAACAGUGCAGCCGCCGGAACAUGGGACUUUGAGACGAUCGCCUAA